AUGUCAACCUUGAACUUGGUCAAAUUUUUCUUCCUGCAACGGCCGGCGAGCGCUACAACAGUUAGACAAUACAUCGCCAUCGCGUACCAAACUGCAAGAGACCAAAAGAUACAUCCAACAGCCAUCCUUAUUCGAUCAGGUAUACAUGGAACGACCACCAUCGGGGGCAAAUAUCAAAAGGUUCCCAAGGGGGAGCAUUUGACCCUGUGCUUCAAGGAUGGAGAAAUGUCAGAGAAGGGUACACACGUCGCUAGUCAUGGCUAUGUCAACUCGAGACAGGACUGGGAGAUUCGCGAAGCAUCGCACUCUCCUGAGAAACAUGAUGCCACAGUUGCCAGAGGAACCGGGCGUGCUAUCUGGCCAGCUGAAGCGAUGUUUGAGAUUGAAGUGGCUUUCGGCCAUGUGCCAGACGAAACAGAGAUCAAACUGCCCGAGGAGUGA